AUGAACGGCUUAAUGGAGAUGGAAAUCGUGGAUAAAGAUGGGAACAGCAAGCUGUUAUCGUUUAUGAUCCCGUCACUGUCCAAACCAUCCAUAUAUCAUGAGCCGUCCAGUCUGGGCUCCAUGGCUUUGACCGAGGGUGCUCUCUGUCAGCAUGACCUGAUUAGAGUGAUCUACAGCGGCCUGCACCCGCAGAGAGACAUUCACUGCCCAGAACAGGGUAUUGGUCUCAAACUCAAUUCGUGGAGGGCCACAGCUCUGUACAAUUUAGCUGCUUGGAAGUUUCUAGUGAUCCUGAAGACCUUGGUUAUCUGGAUCAGGCUGUGUGUGAGCGGCUUCCCUCGUCAGCAGCUGAAGGCCUGGUCCUCUCCCUGCAUACGUGUCCUGCUGGAACCUCAGUUUAUGGUACAGAUGCUGGCUGCUGUCUAUCACGCCAUAUAUAAUGGUGAGUGGGAUGCUGGGAGAGAGGCUUUGGAUGACAUCCUGUACAGAGCUCAGUUGGAGCUGUAUUCAGAGCCGCUGCUGCUGGGCAAUGCCAUGAAGAGCUCUCUGCCUGACAACGCUCCAGAUGGAUCUCAGGGGAGGAAGGUCCUGCAGGUGGAGGUCACUCCCAGCAUCAGACGGAUCUCCCACUGCACCAUCACAGCCGCCUCCAUCCGCAGACUGCGCUGGAAGAGAGAGAUUGUUUUGACUUCUCAAGUGAUGCAGAGUUCAGCCUCACCGUCCUCCCCGGCCGACACGCCCCACAGGACCCAGCGGCUAAUCGCGAGCCAGGAGGGAGGGGCUCUCUCACAGUCACACAUGAGGUGUGCCUCCAAGACCAUGACCAGGUCCUAUGGGCGUAGCGGAGGCUCAGCCUCAUAUUCGAAAGGCAGAUGGGCUGAGCGGGAGGACCUCUCCUCGGGUCUGAUCGAUGCGGACGAGGGCUUCGUCCGCGCGCGUCCAGCAGCAGCCAGCCCAGCGGUGUCUUGCGGGAGGAAGAGCCGGCCGGCUGCUCGCAGGACCUCCAGCACCUCUCUGGACUGCAGGCCGGGACAGGGCUCCGGAGCCGAGGCUCGCAGAUACUCCAUCCUCAGCCUGCAGGAGCAGCAUCUGCCGGAGGAGACGGAGCUGCUCUCUCCUGGAAAACAGAGCCGAUCGCCCAGCUUCAACAUGCAGAUCAUCUCACAGGUCUAG